CUUCCUCACACCUCGCCCAGGUGCACGGCGUAUUGUCCCGUCCAACGCAGCCGGAGCACCAGGGCCUGUUAACCUGCACCAAACCCGUCAUGGAGGUUGCGGGAUGGCGUGACCUCGAUUGGGGCCAGCAAGAUGUAUCGCUAUCAUCCCUACCGGCCCUGGCCGGAGGAUCCAGAACGAUCUCGGAAUGUGUGAGGAUGGUGCCCCGACCAAAGCGGCUGUACGAAGCGGGACCAGGGCUUCUGUUCCUGUACGAGGGGAGGCAACGGUCCUUCAAAGGAGUACUGGUGUGCCUGAACUCCAACACGGACGGGGGCGCAUCUCCCCCAGAGCUGAAGGUAUUGGAGUUGAGGGCACUCGAGAUCGGGGUGGGCGAAGCGACCAUGGGCUUUUUCGAGGGUUCGCACGAAGCCUGGGACCAGUUUCUGGUGGAGGGCGGCGGUUCACUUGUCGGCAGACUUCCUGAUCUCGGCUGCCGUGGCGUUGCAGGCACGGAUCUGAUGUUGAUAUCGAGGCCAUGCGCCGGGAUUCGGCACUCGGUCCUAGAGGGGCGCGGUGACGUGCAGAUGUCGGUAUCGUUCUUACCAAGGCUUCAGACUAUUGGAACCUUACAAACAGCGCCAGCCUGGGUACUAGGGAUAUCGCCAGAUGCCGGAGCCCCCGACACGGUGGCACCGUGGGGCGGCGACGACAGCGUUCCAAUGGAUGAACCAGCGGCUAAUGCUCGAUGGGUCCGACGGAGGAACUCACUAGCCAGUCAGGAAGUUGGGAUGACUGACGUGUACAAGGGAGAUGUAUCGUACGUACCCUUGGCAUGGCUCCGUUGCUCGCCUAUCGCAAGUGACUGGAUUGCAGGAUCAAUCCUGUGCGGGUUGCAGUCUAAGUUCGGCAAACUGCUUGUGGUUGUCUACACCUCGAUGGCCACCGCCUGGGUGUGGUUCGAAGGCGACAGACGUUGGUCAUCGGUUUUGAUGGCAGCGUCCACGUUCUUGUUGGGUUCACUGUUUCUGUGGAACUACCAGGCGGUUGCCAGAGCCAUUUCUCCGUUCGGCAACACCCGCGACCAGCUGAUUACUCUCAUCUUGGCGUCGCUGUCGUUCUUCUACUCCAUCCUCGCCGGACUGUACCAUCCUAGGGGAAUGCUUGGUGGGGAGGUGUGGUGGCCCGCUGUUGUGGUUGUGCUACUUAUUUGUCUCCUGUGCGCUGCAGGCCGAGAAUGCCGCAGACGCGAUAGGAGGGUCGACGCCAAGUCGUGGGUCUCUCUGUGCCGUCGGGCGGCAGUGGAUUUCCAGGAGGUUGGGAUGCCUCUUCGCGAGGUGCUGAGGGGCUCAGGUGCUGAUUCCAGGGGCUACUACGGUACCAUAGGUGGUACGCAGCGUACUGUAAGGCUACAAACAAACACCCCGAGGGGUCAGCCAGUGACCUUGGAGAGCUCGGGCUGGUCGCAAGGGGAGUUGUCCCUGACAGGAGAGGAGGCCUUUGCACGGUGUGGUGGCACCGACCCAACCUUGGACGCGUGGCUCGCUGCUUUUGUGGGGGAGGUUUCAGAAAACGCAUUCACUCUCUUCAACCAGGGGCCCGCAGUAGUCGGCAGGAUAAACGCAUGCUUGGCGGCGUUGGCUGCUACCACAUCCAAACCGCCCAGUUGGGCGGAGGGCAUUGUGACGUUGUCACAAGUCUACGCCCACGAUGACAGGGAGCUCGUUUCUGCAGCGAUGGAGAGGGGAUGGACAAGUGACGAAUUCCUUCUUCGCCGGGUGGUGGUAUCGGCUAAACCUGAGCGCACAAUCUUGUCGCUUCCGGAUGGAUUUGCCCUAGAGGAAAACGUCUUCCCGGUGCUGGUCAGACCGAAGGAGUUGAUAAAGAUCGCUCUCCGGGGAUCAGACUACGGUCUGCUCACGGAACAGCCUAACAGGCAGGCGGGGCUAGCGAUUGAGUCCCGUAGCACCUUGUACGACAGACUCCGCCUGCGGGGCAUGGUUGGGAUUCAGGACAGCUACGGAUCGAACCAUGUCGGGCCACUGGUGGUCGCCGCCCUCCUGGCCUGCUCGGUGGGUCCAGCUUGGCAAGGGUACGCAGUUCAGGUUCUGCCGCUUAUCGGGGUGUUUGCCAUGUGGCGUGGUUGGCGCUACGAAGUAUUCGAAGCCCUGUCUCUCGUGGUCGAGACGGCAAGAGGGCUUCUGUCAGACCAGGCUUGUGUGCUGGCAGGUUUGGUGGCUGGAGUGAUUUCUUGGCACGUGAUCAUCGCCGCGAGCGGUGAAAGCCUCGUUGGUUUCUUGAUUGGGGACGUCGUAGCGGUCAAAGUGACUUUUGUGGUCGGGGUGGCAAUGCUGAGGAUGGUUUACUCCAAGCAGUGGUCGCCCGGAGUGGAGCUAGGGGGAGGGGACGAUCAGGUGGAGGGGCUCUGUCACCUCGCUCUGGAAGGACGACCUGUGCCAUUUCAGUAUAGGAUGUUGAUUGUUCCAUCACCCACAUGUGCUGAUCUCCCCGCAUUGGCCCGCAUGCACGUUGGAGCGGGAUAUACCUUUCGCACAAGUGGCCUGGGAGACGUACUGGCUGUGGGAGGGCAAGCGCAUGAAAGUACGUGAGGGCUAGUAUUGGGGCUCGUUUUGCAAUCCACGGGAUGCAGGAUCGACAAGUUAUUUUUUUCACGUUUAUGCAUGCGUGUAAAUACUGCAAGUGACCCUACGAUCAUGCUUUUCACCCUAAUAGGAGAGGGAAAGACGAGGGUAAGCCAACUGUUUUGUUCCAUUCACUGUAAUAAAAAAACUCUCGGAGCAGCAUGAUGGAACCUAGACUGCCGCAUCUGCGCAGUCACGACCGUGAUCGAUGACCUUUUGGCAGCAAAAUCGACGAUUCGUCCC